AUGUUACGUCUCCUAGCUUUUCUUGAAAAACAGAUGGAAGUUACUACUAUGGCCGCAAACGCGAAAGUGGCAGACGAACCGUUAGAACUUGGGUUAAAAUCUUUACUUCUAUUAAGACGGGCGGAAUAUACUAAGAAGCUCCAAGCGUUGAAAACACUUUGGGUGGGGCUAGUUGAUAUUCCUACAAACCACAAUCAAGUCAUUGAUUACCACCAGUUCCUUGAUGACAACGUAGUGUCCAGCGGGGAUACACCUUUGGCAGAUGUCGAGGACUCUGACGACGACUCUGCCUCUGAUUAUGAUAGUGACGAAUAA